GGCGGGGCUGCCAGGGCCGCUGCUCAGUGAUCGAUCGGCUCCAGUCGCUCCCGGCAGAGGCGCGGAGAUUGGAGAGCAGAGCCCAGGGACAGAGGAGAGAGCGGGCGGGCAGGAGGGCUGGUGGGCAAGCAGGCGAGAUACUUAUUGGGGCUGCUCUGAAGGCUUCCUCCUUAGCUUCUCCUUCCCUCCUUUCCUUCUUUCUCUUUUUGCACCCACCCGACUCCUGCCACUCACCCUUCUUCCCUAACCAGUGCUAGCCACCCCUCUGGGCGUCUCGCUGUGCUGCGUCCCGGCACCUGGCCCUCCUCUAUGGGCCAGCCAAGUUCUGCCUGGCAUUCGGACCAUCCCAACUUGCCAGGUUCCAUCACACUCUCCUGGGGCCAGCCUCUGAGAGCAGCCACAAUGACCCGGCAUCGCCUUGGCCUUUGGUGCGUCUCCUGCUGGCUGGCUGUACUCUGGCCACUGCACUCCUGCCUGCAGCUUCGGAAGGGCAUGCCCAAUGUGUGUGAGGAAGAAGUUCUGGGUAUGGUUGGCCUUCCCCAACCUUGUGUCCAACCCUUCACUCGUACUAUGAGGCUAUGGAAGCAAGGCUGUAGUGGACCAAGAUGGUGCAUGGAAUAUAAAAGAAGGACUGGCUACUACACUGUCUACAGACAGGUAUAUAGCAUGCAGCAUCAGACAGUCUACAGGUGCUGUCCUGGCUGGAGCCAGCAAGAACAUGAGCCUGGCUGUCUGCAUGCCCUCUGCUCAGUAGGUCCUUGCUUCAAUGGAGGCCAAUGUCUGGAUGGAGAAGCCCAGAUGUGCCAGUGUCCUGUGGGGUUUCAGGGACCUCGAUGCCAAUAUGAUGUGAACGAAUGCGCCAUCGACAAUGGCGGCUGUCAAGCCCAGUGCUGCAAUACAAUUGGCAGCUAUUACUGCAAAUGCCAAGCUGGCCAGAAACUGAAAGAAGAUGGAAAAGGCUGCAAAGAUGUCGAUGAAUGUACAGUAGUGAAUGGAGGCUGCCAGCAGAGCUGCAUUAACACGGAGGGCUCCUUCUACUGUGAAUGUGAUAUGGGAUACAGACUCCAUGCUGAUGGACGCACCUGCAUAAUGAAGGACCCCUGCUCAGGAGGACACACAGGAUGCUCCCAUAUCUGUCAAAAUGAGCAUGGCUUCGCCAGGUGUGCUUGCCACCCAGGGUACCAUCUGUCUGCAGACAAAAUGUCAUGCACAGACAUCGAUGAGUGUAUGGAAGGCAGUGCUCACUGCGCCCACCACUGCGUGAACUCUGUGGGAUCUUUCACAUGUACCUGUAACCCUGGCUUUGAACUUGGAGCCGAUGGGAGAAAGUGCUACCGGAUUGAAAUGGAAAUUGUCAAUAGCUGUGAACAGAACAAUGGGGGCUGCUCUCAUCACUGUGAGCACUCAACUGGUGGGCCCCGUUGUUCUUGUAACCAUGGACACCGUCUUGAUAUGGAUGGAAAAACAUGCAAAGACCUUGAUGAGUGUGAAAGUGGACAAGCGUGCUGUUCCCAGCUCUGCAUCAACUAUUUGGGAGGCUACGAAUGUGAUUGCAAGACAGGAUUUCAGCUCAGUCCUGAUGGCUGUGGGUGUGAUGAUGUGGAUGAGUGUCUGGAUGACAGUACCGACUGUGACCAGCUCUGUGUUAAUUCUUUGGGAUCAUAUGAAUGUCUCUGUGAGGAAGGUUACCAAAUUGAUAGUAACAGAAAAAUGUGCAUCCCUUUAGAUGAGGAUGAAUUUGAGGAGAAAGAAGAACUUGAAGUUGUGAGGUUCCCAGAUCUUCACUACAGGAGACCUUCUCAUCUGCUUAAUUAUGCUGUUUCUUCAAAUCCCAAUUAUGAAGAUGAUGGUGGACCAGAGGAAAGAGAUAUCCUAGGAGAAUUCACUGUUUUACACAAAGUGGUCUGUCUACAUGAUACUUUCGGACAUGACUGUAGUUUGGUGUGUGAAGACUGUAUGAAUGGAGGCGAGUGCAAUGAGGAAAAGAGCGGCUGUCUCUGCCCAGCUGGCUGGGGUGGCAUCCUCUGUAAUGAAACUUGCCCCCCAGGGACCUAUGGACACGAGUGUGAUGGUAUCUGUAAGUGUCAGAAUGGAGGAUCCUGUGACCCUCUAACAGGCCAAUGCCAUUGUCCCCCUGGAGUUCAUGGGAUGAUCUGUGAAGAUGGAUGCCCUAAAGGAUUCUUUGGAAAGGAUUGCAAUAAGAAAUGUAUAUGUGCCCACCACAGCUAUUGCCAUAGGGUCUAUGGAGUUUGUCUAUGUGAUCCAGGACUCUACGGUCGGUUCUGCCAUCUGACCUGUCCCAAGGGAGCCUAUGGAGCUGGCUGCUCUUCCGAAUGUCAGUGUGUGGAGGAGAACACCCUGGAUUGCAAUGCCAAAAAUGGUUCAUGCACCUGCAAAUCUGGUUACCAAGGCAACAGAUGCCAGGAAGAAUGCCUACCAGAUUUCUAUGGUCCUGGCUGCAAAUUGCCUUGUAACUGUUCUGGAUUGCCCUGUGACCAUACAACUGGAGAAUGCCAGCAGCUAUGCCCACCUGGGUUCCACGGAGACAGGUGUCAUUUAGGAUGCCAGAAGAACCCUGAGGGUGAAGGUUGCGGUCAAGUUUGUAACUGUCAUAAUGGAGCCCGUUGUGAUCCUGAGACCAGGCAAUGUAUCUGCACAUCUGGAUGGACAGGACCCACUUGCCAGGAAGGGUGCCCAGACGGCACUUAUGGACCUUACUGCCAAAAGAUGUGUCAAUGCAUGAAUGGAGGCCAUUGUGACCCCCUGCUUGGCACCUGCGACUGCCCCCCUGGCUUCAUUGGCACAGACUGCAGUCAAGUUUGUCCCCAGGAAAGAUAUGGCCAAGACUGUCAGCUACCCUGUGCCUGCAAAAAUGGUGGGCUUUGUAAUCCCACAUAUGGAAACUGCACCUGUGGACUUGGCUGGUCAGGCAUUCACUGUGAGGAAGCAUGCCUUCCUGGUACAUAUGGUCCAAGCUGUCAUUUGAACUGCUCUUGUCAGAACAAUGGGACUUGCAAUAGGUUUACUGGUUUCUGUCAGUGUCCAGAAGGUUACUAUGGGCACAGCUGUGAACACCGAUGCCCCCUUGGAUUUUAUGGCUCUGACUGCACUCACCCUUGUGAUUGCACAAAUGGAGCCAGGUGUGAUGCUGAGAAUGGCAAGUGCAUCUGUCUCCCGGGUUACCAUGGCAGCCACUGUGAAAAAGGGUGCCCAUUUGGAACAUUUGGAGACAGGUGCCAACAGCUUUGUGACUGUGAAGGAGCAGGACCCUGCCAUCCUGUCACUGGGAAAUGCCUUUGUCCUCCUGGAAGAACUGGAGACAAAUGUGAUACUGAAUGCAAAUCAGAUCAGUAUGGGCCUGAUUGCUCUCUGCAGUGCCAAUGUCCCCUGGGAUACCAAUGCAACCCUCAAAAUGGGACCUGUGCAUGCCCCUUCCAGAGGAUGGGACCAACCUGUGAAGAAAGUGAUUCAGAGAAGAAACAAUAGCCCAGUAUAAAGAUUCUUUGACUUAUCCCAAGCUCUAAAAUAUUCCAUCCCACAAUGGAUACACCCUACUAAUCUCAGUGAAUGAGGAAAAAUGGAACAACCCACCCUAUAGAAAGCUGCUCCUAUCCUGACCAUAGACACACACACACACACACACACACACACACACACACACACACACACACAUGUCUCCUCUUCCCUCCUCUCAUCUUCAUCUUCACAAGUUCCUACAGAUAAAGAAUAUAAUCCAGAAUACGAUCAUGGAUUUUCAAGUUCCCAACAUUUGCAACAUUUUACUAAUAAAUUAACAUUUAUUAUAUA